CAAAGCUUUUGCUUUUUACUCUGUACUCAGUGGCAAUGGCUCCUUCCCGCCAUUCUCGCUCGCGAACACAGUGCUUACCUACCAUGUCAGUAGAAAAAUGUGCGUCUCUGGUAGCGGAACCAAGUUCCAGUAACACUAACAACUACUUCGUACCAAAUCGCGCCCCCGCGCAGCAUGCUAGUCCCGAACCAGCACGCAACACAAGCACUCCAGGGCGCGCUACGGAAAGACCUGAACAGCUAUAUCCUCGCCAGCGCCAAUCCCGCCCUAACGCUGCGCCAAUCCCGCCAUAACGCUGCGCCAAUCCCGCCCUAACGCUGCGCCAAUCCCGCCCUAACGCUGCGCCGAUCCCGCCCUAACGCAGCGCCGAUCCCGCCCUAACGCAGCGCCAAUCCCGCCCUAACGCAGCGCCAAUCCCGCCCUUACGCAGCGCCAAUCCCGCCCAUACGCAGCGCCAAUCCCGCCCUUACGCAGCGCCAAUCCCUCGCUAGCCCAGCGCCAAUCCCUCGCUAGCCCGACGCGUCACACCACAUAGUACCCCGCUCUGCGACGCGCUUGCCCUGUCCGCCUCUCUCCCAUGGUCCCCUUUCCCAUGGUCCCCUCUCCCAUGCUCCUGGCAGGAAGGGGGGAUUGCUUCCAUGCUAC